GCACGAGGAGCUGUCCGCGGUGCUGAAACCAGAGUCCAAGCGCGAGGAAGAGAGAUGCUCAACUCACUCACGAGCCUCGACACAAACUAAGUACACAAGACGUCACCAUGCCAUCACUCCUUCAGACCUCACCAUACAGGCCGUUUCUCAUCUAUUUAGCCAGCCCGCUCUUGAUCUCCCUCUUCCUCACUUUCACUGGUGUCAUCGGGGCCUCGAUCCGAGACCACAGGCUCCGGGGGAGCGAACCUGACUCACAGGAAGGAGAUGUGCUCCAGGCACCUGACACAGAUAUGCUGAAAGCGUUGGAGUACAUUGAAAGUCUCCACCAAAGAGCUCCCCACGCUACAGAGCGAGAUAUCAGCCAUAUGGAUGAUGCUGAGAAGCUGCGUGCCAUCUUGAGGCUGGCUCCCACACAGAGCCAAGAUGAGCAGGAAGAGCAGGAGGAUGAGAGAAGGAAGGAUAAGAGUGAAGAGUUGCUCCAGGCUGUGCUAAGCACUCUCCAGCAGACAGAGAAAGCCGUCAGUCCAGCUCUGCUCCGCCCAGGUCCAGAGAGAAUGGGCACGAGUUAUCCCAGAAUGCCACAGAAACAAAAAGGUGUCACACCUCACAAGAAGAUGCCUUUGUUGUUUGAGGAUGAGGAAGAAGGUGAGGGUGGCGAAGAAGAGGAUGAGGAAGGUCCCAGACGCGAGAGUCCUUUCAAACGCACCAAAGAGAAUGUAGAAGAGAAGUACACGCCUCAGAACUUGGCCACACUGCAGUCCGUGUUUGAUGAGCUGGACAAGCUGACAGGUUCAAAGAUCCUGCAAAAGCGACGAGAUGAAGGCGAUGACAUGGGAGAAGAUGAAGCAGAAGAAGAUGAAGAUGAGUUCAACUUGAGGAAUGCAGCAUAUGAUGAUGGAGACAGAGAUCUCACAGACUGGGGUCCACUGGACGGAGAAGAUGAAGAGGAGGAAGAAGAGGAGAUGGACAGUAACCAUGAGGUUGACCGAGGGCUUGAUUACACUGAUGACAAUGACGAAGAAGCUGAAGAGGAUGAUGAAGAUGAAGGCGAGGAAAGCUUUCCAGUGAAAAGAUCGAGUGAUGUGGACGACGUGGCCAACUUGGUGGACUAUUACCUCCUGAAAGUGCUUGAAAAAACAGAAGAGGAGCAAAAACGAGAACUAGCCGAGGAAGAGGGCGGGAGGAUAGAGAGGAGGCUGCCUCAGAAUCAGUAUCAAGACAAUAUCGACCCACGAGUCAUCUAUCAGCUCCUCACAAUCUCCCAAAAAUACCAGAUCCCACCAGAAGACCUGAUGAACUUGCUCAGACCCAGACACCAAAUGAAUCAAGGCAAACUGAGAAAAAGUAAUCAACCACAACGAGCAGAGAGCAGGUUUUCUUUCAAGAAAGCAACUCCAGCAGCUAAAUUCUACAACAUACGCCCAUCAUCUUAUGUGAGAAAGUCCCCAGAAGAGCUGAGAACAGAGGAGAUCCUCAAAAUACUGGGCAUGGGCGGCGAGGAGGAGUCAGCUCCCGCCACGAAGCAGAGGCAGCACAAGAGCUCCCUGUCACAACUUCACACUCAGCCUGCCGGGCGUCUGAGGGAAUCCGCUCCCACGCAACGGCGCCUUCCCAACACGUUCAGAGAUGACUACGACGACACGGUGGACGAGGAUGAGCUGGCAGCUUAUUUAGCAGCUCAGAUGCUGGCACGGUAUCCCAAACCUGCUUUUAGCAACAACAAGGCCACCCAAAAAAGAGAGGAAGUCGGACAGAGCACAACGGGCUCCUUAGAAAAGGCCAUCGAGGAAUACUUUGACCUGAUGGACACGGAGAACAGCCCAAAAGAAAAGAGACAGUCAGAAGACGCAGAGAGGGACGGAGAGACACAAAGUCAGAGCGCGGAGAACGAAGCUGUGAUGAAAGUGCUGAGUUACCUGAACCCAGAGACAGAAGAAAGUGAAGUCAAAACUGCAAAAGGAAUAUAAUCAAAGGGGGUUGAUACAGAUUCAUAUUUAAAUAUAUAUUGUUUAGGUGAUGGUGGGGAGAGGUGAAAAUAAAGUAUUUUGAAGAAUAAAACACACAACUUACACUGCUCUGUAGGUUUAAAAAAAAGUUCUUAUUUAUUGGUGAAAAAAAAAAUCAGUGUGCAGAUUUUUCAUUUGAUGUUUUGCUGAAUACAAAUUUGUUGCUCGGCGAUACAUACAGUAAAUGUUUCACCAGCCGUUCCACACACACACACGCACACACACACACACACACACACACACACACACACACACACACACACACACACAAACACACACACACACACACCCACACACACACACACACAAACACACACAAACACACACACACACACACACACACACACACACACACACAUACAGAGACAGUCACAGCUAGUGUUGAAUUCCUUAGAUCCCUGUGUGUUUUUUGUAAUUCUUUCUUAAUUGUAGUCAUAUGUGACAUUCCUGAGGUUAAUAAAGCAUUGACUUUAUUUUUUCCUUA